GAGAAAGACAGCACAUAUUUCUCCGUGGGACACUCCUCUUAUUGGUGGGUGAGAGAUGGGUGACUGGAGUUUCCUGGGGAACAUCCUAGAGGAGGUGAAUGAGCACUCCACGGUCAUCGGCAGAGUCUGGCUCACCGUGCUUUUCAUCUUCCGGAUCCUGAUCCUGGGCACGGCCGCAGAGUUCGUGUGGGGCGAUGAGCAGUCCGACUUCGUGUGCAACACCCAGCAGCCCGGUUGCGAGAACGUCUGCUACGACGAGGCCUUCCCCAUCUCCCACAUCCGCCUGUGGGUGCUGCAGAUCAUCUUCGUCUCCACCCCGUCCCUGAUGUACGUGGGGCACGCCGUGCACUACGUCCGCAUGGAGGAGAAGCGCAAGGACCGCGAGGCGGAAGAGCUGGGCCAGCAGGCGGCGGGCAACGGCGGCGAGAGGGCCCCGCUCACCCCGGACCAGGGCAGCCUCAAGAAGGGCAGCGGCAGCGGCAAAGGCGCCAAGAAGUUCCGGCUGGAGGGCACCCUGCUGAGGACCUACAUCUGCCACAUCAUCUUCAAGACCCUCUUCGAGGUGGGCUUCAUCGUGGGCCACUACUUCCUGUACGGGUUCCGGAUCCUGCCCCUCUACCGCUGCAGCCGGUGGCCCUGCCCCAACGUGGUGGACUGUUUCGUGUCACGGCCCACUGAGAAAACCAUCUUCAUCCUGUUCAUGUUGUCCGUGGCCUCGGUGUCCCUCUUCCUCAACAUCAUGGAGAUGAGCCACCUGGGCCUGAAGGGGAUCCGCUCCGCCUUCAAGAGGCCUGUGGAGCAGCCGCUGGGAGAGAUUCCCGAGAAAUCCCUCCACUCCAUCGCCGUCUCCUCCAUCCAGAAAGCCAAGGGCUACCAGCUCCUAGAAGAAGAGAAAAUCGUGUCCCACUAUUUCCCUCUGACUGAGGUUGGGAUGGUGGAGACCAGCCCGCUUUCUGCCAAGCCUUUCAGUCAGUUCGAGGAGAAGAUCAGCACAGGACCGCUAGGGGACUUGUCCCGGGGCUACCAAGAGACGCUGCCUUCCUACGCUCAGGUGGGGGCACAGGAGGUGGAGGGGGAGGAGCAGCCUGUAGAGGAGGCAGCAGAACCCGAGGUGGAAGAAAAGCAGGAAGAAGAGAGGGUGACCACGGAAGGGCAGGAGAUAGUGCCAGGGCCAGAGGAGGAGAAAGUAGAGACCCCUGGAGUGGAGACAGAGGAUGAGAAAGAAGAGCUGCCGGCGGAGAAGGUAUCAAAGCAAGGGCUGCCAGCUGAGAAGACGCCUUCACUAGGUCCAGAGCUGUCGGCCGAUGAGACCAGACCCCUGAGCAGGCUGAGCAAAGCCAGCAGCCGGGCGAGGUCAGACGACCUAACCAUAUGAAGGGGUGCCA